CGGUCUAUCGUUUCUCUCCCUCGUACCGUAGUUUCUCUCCUGGCUCCUGGCGGCGGCGGCGUUUUCUUCUCGUCAUCCCAUCGCUAGACGCAGGCAAGCAGCGCCGCGGCGGCUUCUAGCGGCCGGAAAGUUUUGUAUUUUCGCGGGUGGCUACAUGCGCACGGAGCACAGAUACGAGAGAGGCGUAUAAAGGUCCAAUCAUGGUAGUGCCUAAAAAACAGAAUACCACUAUGGACAUGGUGAGUAAUACGAAAGAGGUGAAGGUGAAAGAGGAGGAAAGAGAUAAUUUGGUGAAUGAUAAGGUGAGGGGAAAGAAGAUGGAAAUGAACCAAAAAAGAGAGGAGGAUAAUAAUAAAAAGGAUAAGGAGAAGAAAAAGGCUCCGAAGCCGAAGGUGGCUAAGUACAAGAAAAAUAAGGGGAAGAAUAGGAGGGAUAAGGAGAAGGAGAGAGGGGAGGAGUGUCAGAGAGAAAUGGAUGAGAGGAUAAAGGAGCAAGAGCAUAAUGAAAGGGUGGACGAGGAGAAGGAAAAGAAGGAUAAAGAAGAGGAGCAGAAAAAAAGGAAGGGGAAGGAGAGGGAGGAAGAGAAGGCAAAGAAGGAUAUAGAAGAGGAGAAGAGAAAAACGAAGGAGAAGGAGAGGAAGGAGGAUUGGCCGAGAGAAAUGGAGAAAGAGCAGAGGGAAAGAGUGGAUAAAGAGAAGGCAAAGAAGGAUAAUGAAGAGGAGCAGAAAAAAAGGAAGGAGAAAGAGUUGCACGAGGAUAGGAAAAGGAAGGGGGAGCAGAAUGAAAGGAAUAAAAAGGAGAGAGAGGAGUGGCAAAGAGAAACCGAGAAGAAAGAACAGAUGGAAAUAGUGGACAAGGAGAAGGCAAAAAAGGAUAAAGAAGAGAAGAAGCGAAAAAGGAGUGAGGAGGGACAGGAGAAAGAGGUGCACAAUGAUAGGGAAAGGAAGGAGGAGAUGGAAUUAGAGGUGGAGGAGGAUGAACAGAAUGAAAGGAAUGGGAAUGAGGAGCCAACCAAAAGCGUCUUUCCUAACUUCUUCAAGGUGGUCAUGCCGGGGCAUUGUACAGAACAAGUGGAAAUUCCAUCAUCACUCAAUGGGUACCUUGAAAAUGAAUCUCCAGGAGUGGUAUCUCUGAGAGGCCCAAGCGGGAAUACAUGGCUUGUAGAGCUGGCAGCGAACUCCAGGGGGCUACACCUUGCGCAUGGAUGGAAGGAGUUUUUCAAUGAUCAUCGCAUCCAGCUUGAAUACUUCUUGGUAUUCCUUUACGAAGGACAAUCACAAUUCUCAGUGCGGGUGUUUGAUAAAAGUGGUUGUGAGGCACAUGAUGCAUUCCUUGCUCGGCCAUGCAAUGACACGGUCACAAAUGAUGAUGAAGGAGGCAUGAUUACCAAUGUGGAUGGCAUGGACCCACAGGAAGAACACAUAGGACACGUGGCUGCAGAAAAUGAUGGAGGGGACAUGGGCACCAAUGUAGGCGGCACAGAUCAAAUGGAAGAAGAUGCAUGCUCUCUUGCAGAAGAGGAUAAAGAGGACAUGGACACCAAUGCAGGGGACACUAAUCCACAAGAAGAAGACACGGGAGGUGAGGAACCAGAAUGUUCAGAAGAGGAAGAAGAUGAACGGCAUAUGGGUAGCAAUGACGCAUCAGACACGUCGGAAAAAAAUGACCAGGAUGACAAUGCCAACUCUGCACCUGACACUUCACAAGAUGAUGGUGUUUAUCAUGGACUUAACACUAGGAAGAAGAGGUUCAGAAAAAUUGAUGGUAUCCUGGCAGAGGAUGACCGUCAUGCAUCCAAGAAGCGCAAGGUCAUGGGGAAAAGGUGUGUAGCUUCGCCUCAUUCUUCAGCAUCUAAGAUAACAGCAUCAGGUGCGACUAUGAAAGUGCCAGAUACCACGAACAUAUCAAAAUCAAUUGUUCCUAGGCCUCCGAGGUUCCAUUGCACAUUGUUUAACAAGAGCAAUAAUGUACCACAACCUGGUGAAGUUCUUACAAAGGUUCAGAGAAGGCCAGCAUUAAUAUCACAGAGACGGCCAGUAACUGAAGAAGAGAAGAGCGAUGCACUGGAGAGAGCGAUGAGAUUCAGAUCUCCGAGACCCUUCACCCACAAGGCACUGACUUACUCUGAAGUAUACACGACAUAUUUCAUGGUUAUCCCACACGAAUUCGUGCAGAAAUACCUCCCAAAGCAUAGCAGGAAGAUGACACUGUGGGAUCCGCAGGCAAAGCCGUGGGAAGUGAGCUAUGUGUACUGGGAGUGGGACAGCUGUUCGUCCGGCGCCGCUUUCAGCGCCGGGUGGGGUGCAUUUGCGGCCUACAACAACCUGGAGAAGUCCGACGUGUGCGUGUUCGAGAUCCUUGACGACGACGACGACGAAUACAGCAUCAAGGUGCACAUCCACAGGGUCGUGCUAGAGAUCACUCCCUGCAUCGAUCCUCUGUGCGAAGGAAACUGAUUGUGGUCGUUUGUUGCCGGAACAUUGUGGGUUUUAUUAUGGUUUGUGGAUUUGUGUGCUUGCAGUUGUGUUUAAUCAUAUCGUUGUUGAAACAAAUUUCAAAGUUACUCAGAAGCCUGAAAGCUCGUCUCUAAAUUUUUUAAAGUCU